AUGGCGAGCAGACGGGCGAUCUUGUUGGGUUUGGCCGUCGUGGCCCUAGCGGCUGCCGCAUUCGUGCGAACCGGCGACGGCGCCGGCGAGGCCGGCAACAACGCCGCUGCCUUUGCCAGGGCGAGCGGGACGCGCUUCACGCUAGGUGGGCGGCCGUUCUACUCGAACGGGUUCAACGCGUACUGGCUCAUGUACAUGGCGUCGGACCCGGCCGACCGGAGCAAGGCGACGGCCGCUCUGGAUGAGGCGGCCCGCGUCGGCGCCACGCUGGUGCGGACGUGGGCGUUCAGCGACGGGGGCUACCGGGCGCUGCAGGUGUCGCCCGGGGUGUACAACGAGGAGGUGUUCAGGGGUCUGGACUAUGUGAUAUCCGAAGCAAAGAAGCGCAGGAUCCAUUUGAUUCUGAGCCUGGUGAACAACUGGGAUGGGUACGGCGGGAAGAAGCAGUACGUGCAGUGGGCAAGGGACCAGGGGCACAGCCUGAAUUCUGAUGAUGACUUCUUCACAAACAGCGUGACCAAAGGGUUCUACAAGAACCAUGUCAAGGCGGUCCUCGCUCGAGUGAACAAGGUCACCGGAGUGGCGUACAAGGACGACCCGACCAUCUUCGCGUGGGAGCUCAUGAACGAGCCUCGCUGCCAGAGCGACCUCUCCGGGAAGACUCUGCAGGCGUGGAUCACGGAGAUGGCCGCCUACGCCAAGUCCGUGGAUCCCAACCACAUGAUGGAGAUCGGGCUCGAAGGCUUCUACGGCGAGUCCACGCCUGAUCGCAAGCACAACUUCAACCCGGGCGGCUACACCGUCGGCACCGACUUCAUCUCCAACAACCUCAUCCCCGGCAUCGACUUCGCCACGAUCCACUCCUACCCCGACCAAUGGGUGCCCGGCGCGAGCAACGACGCGCAGGUGGCGUUCAUGCGGCGGUGGAUGGCGUCGCACGCCGGCGACGCCGCGGCGGUGCUGCGGAAGCCGCUGCUGGUGGCGGAGUUCGGCUGGUCCGCGCGGUCCAACGGCUACACGGUGUCCAUGCGGGACGCCUACUUCCGCAUGGUGUACGACGCGAUCUACGCGUCGGCGAGCGCGGAAGGCCCGCUCGCGGGGGGCCUCUUCUGGCAGGUGAUGGUGCCCGGGAUGGAGAGCUGGACCGACGGAUACGACGUCGUGCUCGACCGCAGCCCGUCCACGGCCGCCGUCGUCAGCCAGGAGUGCGCCCGGAUCACCGGCCUCAACCAGGUGUCCUAG